AUGGAGGGGUACAGUGAGGUACAGAAGGAUACAGAGGGGUACAGUGGGUUGACGAAGGGUGAAGAGGACAGAACAACUCCUCAAAAGUCGCCUCAAGAGGCGCCGCAAAAGUCGCCUCAAGAGCUGCCUCAAAAUGUCCUUACUCAUUACCCCCUCCACCCCUUCUGCCCUCCACCCCUUCUGCCCUCCACCCCUUCUGCCCUCCACCCCUUCUGCCCUCCACCCCUUCUGCCCUCCACCCCUUCUGCCCUCCACCCCUUCUGCCCUCCACCCCUUCUGCCCUCCACCCCUUCUGCCCUCCACCCCUUCUGCCCUCCACCCCUUCUGCCCUCCACCCCUUCUGCCCUCCACCCCUUCUGCCCUCCACCCCUUCUGCCCUCCACCCCUUCUGCCCUCCACCCCUUCUGCCCUCCACCCCUUCUGCCCUCCACCCCUUCUGCCCUCCACCCCUUCUGCCCUCCACCCCUUCUGCCCUCCACCCCUUCUGCCCUCCACCCCUUCUGCCCUCCACCCCUUCUGCCCUCCACCCCUUCUGCCCUCCACCCCUUCUGCCCUCCACCCCUUCUGCCCUCCACCCCUUCUGCCCUCCACCCCUUCUGCCCUCCACCCCUUCUGCCCUCCACCCCUUCUGCCCUCCACCCCUUCUGCCCUCCACCCCUUCUGCCCUCCACCCCUUCUGCCCUCCACCCCUUCUGCCCUCCACCCCUUCUGCCCUCCACCCCUUCUGCCCUCCACCCCUUCUGCCCUCCACCCCUUCUGCCCUCCACCCCUUCUGCCCUCCACCCCUUCUGCCCUCCACCCCUUCUGCCCUCCACCCCUUCUGCCCUCCACCCCUUCUGCCCUCCACCCCUUCUGCCCUCCACCCCUUCUGCCCUCCACCCCUUCUGCCCUCCACCCCUUCUGCCCUCCACCCCUUCUGCCCUCCACCCCUUCUGCCCUCCACCCCUUCUGCCCUCCACCCCUUCUGCCCUCCACCCCUUCUGCCCUCCACCCCUUCUGCCCUCCACCCCUUCUGCCCUCCACCCCUUCUGCCCUCCACCCCUUCUGCCCUCCACCCCUUCUGCCCUCCACCCCUUCUGCCCUCCACCCCUUCUGCCCUCCACCCCUUCUGCCCUCCACCCCUUCUGCCCUCCACCCCUUCUGCCCUCCACCCCUUCUGCCCUCCACCCCUUCUGCCCUCCACCCCUUCUGCCCUCCACCCCUUCUGCCCUCCACCCCUUCUGCCCUCCACCCCUUCUGCCCUCCACCCCUUCUGCCCUCCACCCCUUCUGCCCUCCACCCCUUCUGCCCUCCACCCCUUCUGCCCUCCACCCCUUCUGCCCUCCACCCCUUCUGCCCUCCACCCCUUCUGCCCUCCACCCCUUCUGCCCUCCACCCCUUCUGCCCUCCACCCCUUCUGCCCUCCACCCCUUCUGCCCUCCACCCCUUCUGCCCUCCACCCCUUCUGCCCUCCACCCCUUCUGCCCUCCACCCCUUCUGCCCUCCACCCCUUCUGCCCUCCACCCCUUCUGCCCUCCACCCCUUCUGCCCUCCACCCCUUCUGCCCUCCACCCCUUCUGCCCUCCACCCCUUCUGCCCUCCACCCCUUCUGCCCUCCACCCCUUCUGCCCUCCACCCCUUCUGCCCUCCACCCCUUCUGCCCUCCACCCCUUCUGCCCUCCACCCCUUCUGCCCUCCACCCCUUCUGCCCUCCACCCCUUCUGCCCUCCACCCCUUCUGCCCUCCACCCCUUCUGCCCUCCACCCCUUCUGCCCUCCACCCCUUCUGCCCUCCACCCCUUCUGCCCUCCACCCCUUCUGCCCUCCACCCCUUCUGCCCUCCACCCCUUCUGCCCUCCACCCCUUCUGCCCUCCACCCCUUCUGCCCUCCACCCCUUCUGCCCUCCACCCCUUCUGCCCUCCACCCCUUCUGCCCUCCACCCCUUCUGCCCUCCACCCCUUCUGCCCUCCACCCCUUCUGCCCUCCACCCCUUCUGCCCUCCACCCCUUCUGCCCUCCACCCCUUCUGCCCUCCACCCCUUCUGCCCUCCACCCCUUCUGCCCUCCACCCCUUCUGCCCUCCACCCCUUCUGCCCUCCACCCCUUCUGCCCUCCACCCCUUCUGCCCUCCACCCCUUCUGCCCUCCACCCCUUCUGCCCUCCACCCCUUCUGCCCUCCACCCCUUCUGCCCUCCACCCCUUCUGCCCUCCACCCCUUCUGCCCUCCACCCCUUCUGCCCUCCACCCCUUCUGCCCUCCACCCCUUCUGCCCUCCACCCCUUCUGCCCUCCACCCCUUCUGCCCUCCACCCCUUCUGCCCUCCACCCCUUCUGCCCUCCACCCCUUCUGCCCUCCACCCCUUCUGCCCUCCACCCCUUCUGCCCUCCACCCCUUCUGCCCUCCACCCCUUCUGCCCUCCACCCCUUCUGCCCUCCACCCCUUCUGCCCUCCCCCCAACCCCCUCACCUUCAUCAUCGCCCUCUUCAUCCUCUUCUCGAAGUUGCCCUGUGAUAACUCCCUCCCUUGGUCCAUGUGGUAA